GCUACGGUCCAAUCCAUACAAUAUAAAAGCUUCAAAACCCUAAACCUAAUCUCACCGCACUCUCAUCCCCUCCGGCAGAAUCUCUCUUGCUCUAGCGAUCUCAAUCAAAAUCAAUCAGCCAUGGGUAAGGUCCACGGUUCUCUUGCUCGCGCCGGAAAGGUGAGGGGGCAGACGCCCAAGGUGGCCAAGCAGGACAAGAAGAAGAAGCCCCGCGGCCGCGCUCACAAGCGGAUGCAAUACAACCGCCGUUUUGUGACAGCCGUGGUUGGCUUUGGAAAGAAGAGGGGGCCAAAUUCAUCUGAGAAGUAAAGUUGUGCAGUCAAGUAGUUCAUAUGGGUGAUGAAAUUCGGAACCUCAGUUACUUUUUUAAUAGACAACAAGUUUGUAUUAGAUGAACAAGUUUGCAAUAGACUGCAUUAAGGCUUUGUCUUGUUUCUUGGUUUUGACUCAUGGUCUCUGAACUUUGAGUAUAAUCUUUUUGAUUACUUUUGAGAUGUUACUUAUUAAAAUUGAAGGUUUUAUUGGUGAUCAAGUUUGGAACCUUGGUUAA